GUAUGUUGCCAGAGGGGCUGCCACCGGGAAUGAUGAAGGAGUUCGAGGAGACGAGGCGGUGUGCUGUUAUGAUUAGGCAGAGCUUUCUUGAUCUCAGGGAUAAUUUUCGUAGGAUUGUGGACCCUACUCUUCGAGCUGGGGGUAAAAGUCUAAAUGUUAAGAAGCAAAUAGUUUUGGACGGUCCUGUCAGCUGUGGGAAAAGCAUUGCUCUUGCUAUGCUCGUUCACUGGGCUCGUAGUGAAGGCUGGCUGGUCUUUUAUGUUCCAAAAGGUAGAGAUUGGACCCAUGGAGGAUUCUUUUAUAGAAAUCCAGUGACUGAUCUUUGGGAUACUCCUGUACAGGCUGCGAAGACCCUUCAGGAUUUUCUGGAAUUCAACAAGUCUCGCUUACAACAAUUACCUUGUCAAAUUUCUGAGCCUAUUCCCUUGGGAGAAGGUGCCGGUGUUGGAAUGAUGAAAGGGGUUGAUUCCAUGGCAAUGCCUGAAGGAUCCAUGUUAUUUGAGCUUGUUCAAACUGGCAUUACCUACUCUCAUGCUUCAGUUGGGGUCUUGGUUCGUUUGAGGAAGGAAUUAUCAUUGGUGAAAGAUAUUCCUGUGCUGUUUGCAAUUGAUCAGUAUAAUAACUGGUUUACAUUCAGCGACUAUGGGGAACCUGUAACUGUACGAUCUUGCCGACCAAUUCAUGCUAAGGAACUCGCCACGGUCAAUGCUUUCAGAUCUAUGAUGCAUGAUGACAUGAUGGUUGGAGCCUUCUCCCAUUCAACAGCCGUGGGCAAGCUACGUCAAGAACUUCCAGAUGUUCCCAAAGAUGCUCGUGUCAUGUUUCCUCGUUAUACUUUGGAUGAGGCUGCCACAGUUUGCCACUACUAUCUGAGGCAAAAACUCAUACGACAGGAGAGUUUUACAGAAGAUAAAUGGAAAAAGAUCUAUUAUUUGUCCAACGGAAAUGGUUCAGAGAUGAGAUGGUUGUCUCCUUUCAUAUAGUCAGUGAUGGAGAAACAUCUGGAAGGCUUCCAUACCAGUUUCAGAGAAUCAAUAUCCCUUUAAAUGUCUCCAACAGUCGGUCGUUGGCUGCUGCUCUCUUGUUCUUUAAUUAUCUGUAAAGCAGUUUCUUCUCUGAUCUUCUGGAGAUGGACAAGCUUUUUGCUAAUCUAAAUAGGUCAAUUGCUUGAUCCUGUUUGUAUUACGUGUGUCCUUUUGUUGGUUCUGAUUUUUUUCCUUGAUGGAAAAGGACGAUCGGCCUAGAGCUGGUAUAUUUAUAAACAAUAGUUGUUAAGUUCAUCUAUUGUUUUCUGAAUGAUGAACGUUUUUUCCCCCUCUAUUUGAGGGAACUUUCAGGUGGUAGUGUCAAACUGGGGAUUAUGGAUAGAGAUAUUUGGAAAAUAAAUUUUGAGAUGAGGUGAGCUUUUUGUAGGA